CGAGUAAGUAGAAAAAGGUCCAUUUAUUAGGAAUUCUAAAUAUAUAAACGUUACAUCAAAAGAAAAAGAUUGUGGGGAUCAUCAUGAGUGAUCACAACUGAUUAACCCUAUAAAACGAUCCCCACAGCUCUCCUCACUUUACAAGUAGUACCCUGCAGGCCAGAGGCCUCUAAUAUAUAUAUUAUAGCGCGCUAGAGAUAGCGAAAGAUAAUAUAUAUAAGCGAGAUAGAGAAAGCACUGAGCAAAAGAAAUGCCCACAUUACGAGUGUCUAUGUCAAGUCCUAGGGUUGUUGUCAUGACCACCCAGCUGAGUACUAUUGCCCUAGUAGUACUGUCACUGGGAGCAUUGCUACUUCCAUUACCUCAAGCAGAGGCUCGUGCUUUUUUCGUCUUUGGAGAUUCACUUGUAGAUAAUGGCAACAACAACUACUUAGCAACCACUGCACGUGCCGAUUCUCCACCCUAUGGCAUUGAUUAUCCCACACACCGACCAACCGGCCGCUUCUCCAAUGGCUUGAACCUCCCCGACAUUAUUAGCGAGCAAAUUGGGUCAGAGCCCACAUUGCCAUACUUGAGUCCACAGCUCACCGGACAAAGAUUACUAGUUGGUGCCAACUUUGCUUCUGCCGGCAUUGGAAUCCUCAAUGACACUGGAAUUCAGUUUCUCAGCAUUAUAAGAAUCUUUAGGCAGUUUGAACUGUUCCAACAGUACCAGCAAAGGCUGAGUGCACUGGUCGGAGAAGCCCAGGCACAGCGGCUGGUGAACGAUGCGCUUGUCCUCAUGACUCUCGGUGGUAACGACUUUGUUAACAACUAUUUCUUGACACCUUUCUCAGCAAGAUCACGCCAAUUCUCUAUCCCGGACUACUCCCGUUACCUCAUCUCUGAGUACCGGAAAAUUCUGCUGAGGCUAUACGAGCUGGGAGCCCGAAGAGUGAUGGUGACGGGAACAGGGCCAUUGGGGUGUGUCCCGGCAGAGCUAGCCAUGAGGAGCAGGAAUGGGGAGUGUGCAGAAGAGUUACAACAGGCAGCUGGAAUUUUCAACCCGGCGCUCGGCCAAAUGUUACAACAACUCAACAGCGAGAUCGGCGCAGAUGUUUUUGUUGCUGCCAAUGCGUUCCGGAUGAACAUGGACUUCAUCAACUAUCCCCAAAGAUUCGGCUUUGUUACAUCAAAAGUAGCAUGCUGUGGGCAAGGCCCCUAUAAUGGGAUCGGAACAUGCAACCCGCUGUCAAACGUAUGUCCCAACCGGGACAUCUACGCUUUUUGGGACGCUUUCCAUCCAUCAGAGCGUGCAAACCGCCUAAUCGCGCAGCAGAUAAUGACCGGUUCUUCAGAUGUCAUGAGCCCCAUGAAUCUCAGCACCAUUCUGGCCAUGGACUCCAAUAUCUAAUCAAUACUGUUUUCUAAUAUUUAGUUAUAUCCCCCCUUCUCUCUCUCUGAUCUAGAUCUCUCUCUCUCUCUCUCUCUCUCUCUCUCUCUCUCUCUCUAAAUAUAUAUAUAAUUGUACGUGAUCUUCAAAUACUACUGCUAGUGUUUCAGGCAUGAUCUAUCUAAUAGGAAACGUAUGCAAGGACGAGCCCUAAUGGGAAUCGAUCGCUCUAGCUAGCUAGGUUUUUAAAUAAUUAUUGAUUGGCAGAUGCAUUUUACAUUUUACAUGCAAUGAUGUUGUCAUUGUUGUGGCAGUAUUGCAUUUGGUAUAUCUCGUUAAUUCCUGUAACUAGUGAUCAUGACCAGCUUAAUUACUUGUAUUCGAAUUUAAGUACCGUUGCUUGCAUGGUUGAAUAUAUAUAUAAUUAAUGUUGAUGCUGUA